UAAGCAAUAUGAUAUGACCGACAGGGUGUUGGGUUAGAGUCCCAAGAUUAAUCUGAACAAGUUGCGUGUCCCUGCUGUCACUGCUCUCUGAGCAAAACCAGAAGAACACAUCAAUCCAACCCUGCCAAAAUCAAUCCCCAGAUACCAUUCCCCUUCCCAUAACAAAGACAACCCAAUCAUUGUUUGUUCACAUCCGAAUCCACAAAAUACUGUUAUAAUUAUUCUGAUUCACGAAAAACAGGAAAACCCGAAUCUCUCUCUUUGUUCCUCUCGGGGUCACGAAAAUGGGCACAGAGACCUCAUCGGUGGAUAUUUCUGAACCCUUGCUCGUGGAUUCUCACGGGAACGAGGAAAAGGAGGAGUAUUUGCGCGAGGAGGUUCCGGAAUGGAAGGAGCAGAUAACAAUAAGAGGGUUGGUGGUGAGUGCUGUGUUGGGGACCUUGUUCUGCAUCAUCACCCACAAGCUGAACCUCACCGUUGGGAUCAUUCCUUCUCUUAAUGUGGCUGCUGGCUUGUUGGGGUUCUUCUUUGUCAGGACCUGGACCGGGUUCUUGACCAAGAUGGGUUUUUUCACCAAACCCUUUACUAGGCAAGAGAACACUGUUAUUCAGACCUGUGUUGUUGCUUGCUAUGGCCUUGCCUUCAGUGGGGGGUUUGGUUCAUCCUUGAUUGCCAUGGAUCAGAGAACAUAUGAACUCAUAGGCCCUGAUUACCCUGGUAAUAGAGCUGAAGAUGUUAAAAACCCUGGCUUGGGUUGGAUGAUGGGUUUCAUGUUUGUUGUCAGUUUCCUUGGACUUUUUAGUCUUGUGCCACUUCGUAAGGUUAUGGUCUUGGAUUAUAAGCUUACAUAUCCCAGUGGGACAGCUACAGCAAUGCUAAUCAACAGUUUCCAUACAAAAACUGGAGCAGAACUUGCUGGGAACCAAGUUCGGCAGCUUGGGAAGUAUCUAAGCAUAAGUUUCUGCUGGAGUUGCUUUAAGUGGUUCUUCAGUGGUAUUGGGGAUUCAUGUGGGUUUGACAACUUCCCUAGCUUUGGUUUGACACUAUUUAAGAACACAUUCUAUUUUGACUUCAGUCCAACCUAUGUUGGAUGUGGUCUUAUCUGUCCUCACCUAGUCAAUUGUUCUGUUCUCCUUGGAGCUAUUAUAUCAUGGGGCUUUCUGUGGCCUUUUGUCUCUGAGCAUGCUGGCGACUGGUAUCCAGCUGACCUUGGUAGCAAUGAUUUCAAAGGUCUUUAUGGAUACAAGGUAUUCAUAUCUAUUGCCCUGAUUUUAGGGGAUGGUAUUUACAAUCUGAUAAAGAUUAUACUGAUAACCAUUAGGGAAAUGUGGAGGACAAGCUCCAAACAGCUUCCUGUUGUGACAGAGGUUCAAGAUGAUGAGAAUUCUCAACUGCAAUCAGAAGAAAAGAAGAGGGAAGAAGUAUUUUUGAAGGACAGGAUACCCACCUGGUUUGCAGCUUCUGGAUAUGUGGGCUUGGCUGCGAUAUCCAUAGCAACAAUACCAAUUAUCUUCCCUCCUCUCAAAUGGUACUUGGUUCUGUGCUCUUACAUCCUCGCCCCUGCCCUUGCCUUCUGCAACUCUUACGGUACUGGCCUCACAGACUGGAGUCUGGCAUCCACUUAUGGGAAGAUUGGUCUUUUCAUCAUUGCUGCAGCAGUAGGCCAAAACGGUGGUGUAAUAGCAGGGGUAGCAGCCUGUGCUGUGAUGAUGUCAAUCGUCGCAACUGCUGCUGAUCUCAUGCAAGAUUUCAAGACUGGUUACCUGACCCUCUCAUCGGCAAAGUCCAUGUUUGUGAGCCAAUUGAUUGGAACAGCCAUGGGUUGUGUAAUCGCUCCUCUCACAUUCUGGAUGUUUUGGACUGCCUUUGAUGUUGGCUCACCUGAUGGCCCUUACAAAGCACCAUAUGCCGUUAUAUUCAGGGAAAUGGCCAUACUCGGUGUUCAGGGAUUCUCAGAGCUUCCAAAGUACUGCCUUGAAAUGUGCGGUGGUUUCUUUGCGGCUGCCCUGGCUAUCAACCUUCUAAGGGAUGUGACUCCUAAGAAAUUCUCACAGUACAUACCUAUCCCAAUGGCAAUGGCAGUUCCAUUUUACAUUGGUGCUUACUUUGCAGUUGAUAUGUUUGUUGGAACUGUGAUAUUGUUUGUAUGGGAGAGGUUGAACAGAAAGGAUGCAGAAGACUAUGCUGGAGCAGUUGCUUCUGGACUGAUAUGCGGUGACGGGAUAUGGACAAUUCCUUCUGCAAUCCUUUCUAUUAUGAGGAUUGAUCCCCCCAUCUGUAUGUACUUUGGCCCUUCCACAAGUAGCUGAAACCAGCAACUUUAAGUUGUCUUUAAAACUGCAAUGUUUAUUUAUUUGCCUUGUGUCUGUAAAUAUAUGGGAUGUAAGCAUCACAGGCAAUAUCUGGCAUUUCAUUUCCUCUGUUUCUCUUUGCAUGUGUCCCUAAAUAUUUAGGGAUAUCGUUCAGUUCCUUAACUGUCUCAGGGGAACCCGAAAACAGAAGAAAAGCACCAAGAGGGAAGGGGGUACCUUGAUCCCAUUUUCCUUUUGGUGCAUUAAUGUAUUCCACAUUCUUUUCUUAAAGUUGUCUCAGUUCAAAACCAAAGUAAUGUAUGUUUAAGAAGUUAAAUUAGAAUGCAUUGACUGUGUAAAAAUUAUUUGUAUUCAUCAAAUAAUGAGUUAUAUUAUGUAGGGUAA